AUGCGUCCUGAGGGUCGGGCAAUGGCGGCGCCCACGGAAUCGCUGCGGAAACGGAGGCGCGGAGACGCGGACGCGCGGCCUGGGUCUCCUGCCGCGCCGGUGGGUGAGCCCGUGGGCUUCCAUGGCCGCCUCCGCGAGGGCACCUUCUGGCUGACCAGGGUCGUGCUCCUGAGAGCCCUAGCUUUCGUUUACUUUGUGGCGUUCCUGGUGGCCUUCCAGCAGAACAAACAGCUAAUCGGAGACCAGGGCCUGCUGCCCAGCCGGCUGUACUUGAAGAGCAUCCAGCAGCACUUCAAGGGAAGGAUCGGCUGGGAGACCCUGAGCGCUGCACCCACCCUCCUCUGGUUCCUGGACUGGUCAAACAUGGAUGCCAGCCUGGACUGUCUGGCCGUGGCCGGCCUGGGCAUCUCAUCCUUUGUCUUGGUAGCCGGCUGUGCCAACAUGGUCCUCAUGACUGCCCUCUGGGUCCUCUACAUGUCGCUGGUUAACGUGGGACAGAUCUGGUACGCUUUUGGAUGGGAGUCCCAACUACUGGAGACGGGAUUCCUGGGGAUCUUCCUGUGCCCUGUGUGGACGCUGUCCCGCCUACCCAGACACACCCCCACAUCCCACAUCGUCAUCUGGGGAUUCCGCUGGCUCAUUUUCAGAAUCAUGCUCGGAGCAGGGCUGAUCAAGAUCCGGGGAGACCGGUGCUGGUGGGAGCUGACGUGUAUGGACUACCACUAUGAGACCCAGCCAGUGCCCAGCCCCACAGCCUACUACCUGCACCGCUCCCCCUGGUGGAUCCACCGCACGGAGACCCUUGGCAACCACCUGGUGGAGCUCCUGGUGCCCUUCUUCCUGCCCCUGGGACGGCGCCUGUGUCUGCUCCAUGGUGCCCUGCAGAUCCUAUUCCAGGUACUCAUCAUCCUCAGCGGGAACCUGAGCUUCCUGAACUGGCUGACUAUCGUGCCCAGCCUGGCCUGCUUUGACGAUGCCGCCCUGGGCUUUCUGUUUCCCUCUGGACCUGGGGGCCUCAGACAUGGCGUCCUGCAGCUGCAGAAGGAGGAAGCCCGGGGGGCCUGGCCACCACAGACUAGAGGCCGUGUGCUGCGGCGGGCCGUCCACCUCUCAUUGGCUGCCCUCAUCGGCUGCCUCAGCGUCCCUGUAGUCCUCAACCUGCUCAGUUCCCAGCAGGUGAUGAAUGUCUCCUUCAACCCACUAAGGAUCGUCAACACCUAUGGGGCCUUUGGAAGCAUCACCAAAGAACGGACAGAGGUCAUUCUUCAGGGCACGGCCAGCCCCAAUGCCAGCGCCCCGGAAGCCGUGUGGCUAGACUACGAGUUCAAGUGUAAGCCGGGCGACCCCCGGCGGCGGCCGUGCCUCAUCUCCCCUUACCACCACCGCCUGGACUGGCUCAUGUGGUUCGCGGCCUUCCAGACCUACGAGCAGCAUGAGUGGAUCAUCCACCUGGCCGGCAAGCUGCUGACCAAUGACGCCGGAGCCCUGUCCCUGCUGGCCCACAACCCUUUCGCCGGCAGGAUGCCCCCCAGGUGGGUCCGUGCCGAACACUACCGAUACAAGUUCAGCCGUCCCGGGGGCCAGCAUGCCGCGGUCGGUGCGUGGUGGGUCCGGAAGAGGAUUGGACCCUACUUCCCCCCACUCAGCCUCCGGGACCUGAGGGACUACUUUGAGGCCAGGGAGUGGCCACACCCAGAGUCCACCUAG